CACAUGUGUGUUAUCAACUGAUUACGUAUAAAUAAAUGCAAUAGUUUAUAUCGGAUUGGUAUCACUCAGUCUGUGCACGUUGGAACAAGCCAACAUGUUGCGUGUUGUGGCUUACGUCUGCGCUCUCCUGGCACUAGCACACGGACAGACCACCAAUGUACAGUCGUGUUCUCUAAACAGUGCACCCUUACCGAUCAACGCGCACAUUGAGGGUUGUGUGGAUCCGCCGUGUAUCUUACCGCAGGGCACUUAUGUGGUGGUAAACGUCAUAUUCCGAGCUCCGCGCCGUAUCCAAAGCAUGACAACUGUUGCGACAGCACAUAUAGGGUUGGGAUUACCAUACGGUCUCGGAGAGGCCGCACAAACAUGCAAUUACCUCACUAACUCCUACUGUCCUCUUCUCGAGGGAGAGGUGGUGCAGUACACCCUACAUAUGUUCAUCGAGACAUUCUUCCCCGCAGGUACCAAUGUACCAGUGGAGUUCAGAGUUACUGAGGGGUCGGGGUUUUUUGCUCCGACAUUGUGGUGCAUCCGUGUCCCGCUCUCCAUUGUCGGUCCACUACCCAGUUCCAAUAUUUCUGCCCACAAUGCUACUUUAACUGAUAAAGUAUAAUCUUGAAAAAGCUCUAAUGCACCCAUCAUCAACGUUACCAACAGCCCAUAAGAAGAAGAAUUACGGAGAAGGAUUGAGCAUUCAUCAUCACGCCUGCUCUCGUGGAUUGGCGAUUUCAAACUUAUAAUUAGAUAUUCUAAGUGUCACACCUCACAACGUUUUCUUGCACUGUAUGACAGCGUUAAAAUAAUCUAAGAAAGUAUAUGUAGCUUGGAAGCAGUCACUUCGGUACUUGCCAGGUUUGCGUACCUGCAUACAUGAGAAGCAGGCGCCUUACCUCAAGCCCGCCACGGCUUUAACGAAAUGCACUAGAAUAACUAAACAAAUUGACAUUUAUUGAACAUGGCAGUAUAUAAUAUAUACAGUAAUAUGCUCAUGUUAGACUGAUAUUUUCGCUAGAGAAAGACCUUAGGCGUUCCACGUAUACAUCGCGCCCAGUCGCGUGUCGCGGGCAUGGCAGGCGUUAACAUUGUAUGCAAGUAUCUCAAUUUAUAUAGAAAUCUCGCCUAGCACAACACUGCCGUUUGGCUUUGCAACGUCCUGCAAUUUGGGACAUGAAAAGCAAAAAAUAUAUUAACCAUAUACACAGAGAGAGAACAUAUGAGUUUAAUAUGUGAAACCGCCUUGAGAGCGGCGAGAGGAAUCUUUUACUGACUUAAAACCGAGCUCCUGCUACUGCUGCUACUAACGAUUUCUACCCGAGUGGCCUUAUUUUGACUCAUGUAAAGGUAUAUAUGGGGACCUGAACCCAAAAUAAGAUAGUACAAUACAAAUAGACUUUCUUUUAUACAUUGUUAUUUUAUUGUUUUAUGACCAUAUUUAGAUACCCGCUAUCUUUAGAUAUUGAAAAUAAAAUAAAUUAAUAAUUUGGCAGUUUCCCUCAAUCUGAAACUGAUAUUUAGUUCGUGUUAGUUAGUUGUGAGAUUUAGUUUAGAGGUAAGAUUAUUUUUUACACAAUAAAGAAAUACGCCAUUAAGAA